AAAAAAAAUUAGAAGAGAAUUAUCAAAAAAAAAUUUAGCAAAGUCAAAAGCCUCGAAAACAAAUUGCAUAACAAAACUGGUGAAAUAGUGGUAAUUGGGUUGGAGGAGAAAGAAAGAGAAAAGACAUUAGAGACAUGGGUUGCUUUGCUUGCUUCGACGGAGGCAAUAAGAAGCAACCGAGAAGUGAACGCUUCGUCGGAGUCAACAACAAUCAACCACAGAGAAAGGAAGGCUUCGUCGGAGGAGGCAACAACAAGAAACAACAGAGAAAGGAAGCAGAAAGAUUGGCAUCUGAAGAAGCUCGAGCUAAAGCCGCCCAAGCUGCCCAGAAAAGGCAAGAGCAAUUUGAAAAGUCUGCAGCAGGAAGAGCUGCGCGUGCACAGAUGCAGGGAAUGGCAAAGCAAUCUGCAAAUUCUAACAAAGGCGAACCAGUUCUAAAGUGGCAAAUGACUUGAGGCGAAGCCUUUUUCUUCAAGUAAACUGUCCAUUGUUUAUGAUCAGAUUAAACUGUAUCCUCUCUAUUGCCAGUUUCUUUCUUGGGGAGCUGACAGUGACACUCAAUGACUCCAGAGCUAAUGAUUAUGGGAAAGUUUACAUUUGUUUUAAUAAUGAUGUAAAAAGCACCAUAAUAAGCUUGAAUGCAAUUUUAUGUUUGUGUUUGUUCUGUAAGAUUUCACCUAGGCUUUUAGUGUUUUUAUCCCUGUUAAUGUUAUCUUUGUGCAGGAAGUUCUUAGCCAAUUUAGUUUGUGUACUUCCUUCAGCUGUAUGUUGUUGAAAAUUGCUGAAGUGGAAGAGUUGUGUUGUGCUUGGUGACUUAGUCCGUUAUAUAUAUUGUUGAAGUAAUUUUUUAUUCUAAAUAAUUUUAUGUUCAA